AUGAAGCGGAAGGAAAAGGCUGCGUCUAAGGGAUUGGCCCCCUCUGUUUAUUCCUGUUGGCGUUCUCUGUGCUUGAGGCCCUUUGCUAAUGCAGCAUCUCCGCUGCUGCGGUGUAUGUUGAGUCUGUGGCUGUUGUUGCUGCUGCUGGUGGGCGUUUGGGGGGGCGGCGCGCCAGCAGCAGCGCAGCAGGAAGCUGCAGGUGGGGGUUCGCCUGAAGGUUUAUCUAUCGGCCCUUCUCAAGUGCUGCUGCCUUGGGUGCCUCCUUCUGUGUCUUCUCAUUUCCCUGCUGUGAGGGCGCAGCUGCAGCUGCAGCAAGAAGACGUUCAUCCAAGUCUUCAGGGGAAAGAGGUUGCUGUUUGCUUCUACUGGGCAUCACAGAAUCGGCAUGUGGUGUCUCUACUGCAUCCUGACUGUGCAGCAGAGCAGGCUGCUGCUGCUUGUAGCGUGGAGGCAGAGUCGGAAGCGGGCCCUCAAGGUGCUGCUGGGGGCCCCUCCAGGGGGCCCCCCUGUUUCUCUCGCGUUUUAGUAGAAGCAACACCGCAGGCAGUUGGGCGCCGCGCCUCUUCAUGGGUCUUCGCCUCUGCCGAGAGAGGCCUCAACACCACCAGGAACACCGCAGGAGAUCCCUGGGGGUCCCCGGGGGCCCCUGAAGGCGCAGCAGCAGCAACAGCAGCAGGAGCAGGAGCAGGAGGGGGGAGACGGGCGUUUCGUGCUCAGGUGUUGGUGGCUCCUAUUGUGCGUCUGUCUUUUUCAACAAGAGAUAAGAGAUUGGCAAUAGGGCAGCUAGCCGAUGUUAGUUUGCUGGGGUUUGAUGAAGAAGGAAAUGUUUUUUCUUCUUUAGAAGGUCUACCUUUUGAGUGGGAGAUAAUAGGAGAAGAAAAUAUUCUUUCAAUAGAAUCCGUAGCAGCAGACGCCGUAGCAGGCACCCCAGCCCGUCGCCUUGUAGAAGAAAGAGGCAGCACAUACAACUACUACCAGCAGCAGCAGCAGCAGCAGGAAGAGGAAGCAAGAGGCGUUGGUGUACGUUCAGAUGCUAUUGUUUUAAGGGGUCUUCGUACAGGGGUUGUUACUGUGCGGGCCCGCUUAGCUUUAGAAGAAUAUAAAGAAGUUAAAGCUGCAGAGGUGUCUUUUCUUGUUGUUGAAUUAUUCACGCUGUCUCCUGCUGCUCUUCUCGUUCCCCCAGGCGCCGUCUUCAAUAUUAAACUCCUCCGCCUUUGGGAGGACGGCCGCCAGGAGGCACUUCGGCUGCCGCAUGCGGACUUCGUGUGGGGUGUUGAUUCAGAGUCUGCUGCAGCAGGGUCUCCCUCUGCUGCUGCUGCUGCAGGGGGCUCCUCCUCCUCGCUGCUGCAGGUGACGAAUGCAGGUGUGGUGAGUGUGGGGCUGCUGCUGCAGCAGCAGCAGCAGCGAGCGGUAGUUAGCUGCCGAGACACCCGAACAAAGGAGCAGCAGCAAGCAGAUAUAUCCGUCGCAGUACCCAAGGCCAUUCGCCUUUUCUAUGAAGACACCGAAGUACUGAAGACUCAGCCCUUAUGGCGCCAAGCAGCAGCAGCAGCAGCUGCUGCUGCUGCCAGCAGCAGCAGCAGCAGCGGUGGUGCUGCAGCAGCAGAGAAGGCGCUGCUGCUGCGGCACUUGCUGCAGGCCGAAGAGGCUUUGGGCGUCGGGCCUGAUGGUACUCUCGGUGGUUUGCGGCUGCCUCCUUUAAUAAGAGAAGAAAGAGCAGGAGCAGCAGCAGCAGCAGAAGACAGCCUCCCUGUUGUUUACUUGACGGAAGGGAGAGAGUACCUUAUAAAGGCAGAGCUUCUUGCUGCUGCUGCUGCAAGGGGAGGCCUCAGCAGCAGCAAAAUGCUGCUGCCCCCCAACGCAGUACUGCAUUGGUCUUGUACAGCAGCAGGUGCAGCAGCAGCAGAGCCAGCAGCAGCAGAAGCAGAAAAAGAAGAGGGGGCCCCCUGCCCCUUAGAGAGGCUAGCCUCACCUCAGCAGGUGCGGCGAGGCUUUAGUAUUAUUAUUCGUGUUGUUGGGGUUAGACAGCCAGAGCAGCAGCAGCAGCACAACACCCCUUUUGCUGCUCCUGCUGCUGCUGCUGCUGCAGCAGCUGCUGCUGCAGCAAACCGCCUACAGGCACCACUUAUACUCGCACCUAACACUGUAUUCCCCCUGGAACCCCAAGGAGGAUCAGGCGAGUACAUUUUGAGUUCGUUUGAUGCCUCUAUUUGCCGGGUCGCCUCCCCUGUGGGCGGAGCAGCGCCUCUUCCUUUUUCUUCUUCAGGUUUGCUGCUGUCUGCAGCAGCAAACCUGCAGCAGCAGCAGCAGCUGCUGCAGCAGCACUGGGUAGUGGAGGCGGUGGGGGUGGGAGUAACGUCUCUGCUGCUGCAGGAUAAAAGACAGCAGCAAAAUGCGGUGCUGCUGACUGUUGUUGUUGCCCCUCCUGCUAGCAUUCAGUUGCGGCUGCAGCAUUUGCUGCUGCCGCUGCAGCAGCAGCAGCAGCAUAAGCAGCAGCAGCAAGGCGAAGCAAAUUCUACAGAAGAAGAAAACACUGGGGUGUUGAUAGGAUUCGUAGACUCCGCUAAAUUUUAUAAUUUGCUGCCAGAGGCAAACCGCAGCUGGAUAGACAGCGGCAGCAACCUAGAGGGGCCUGCUGCUGCUGCUGCUGAUGCUGCUGCUGGUGACGCCUAUGACCAGUAUCAAUCCCAGUGGCCGAGGACCCUAGAAGAGGCGCGCACCCGCUUAGCAGCAGCAACAGAAGCAGCAGCAGCAACAGAAGCAGAAGCAGCAACAGCUGCUGCUGUGCAUCCUUUCUGGGUGAAGCCAAAUCAACUCGCCGCCUGCCCUCAGCCACUAUUUGCUGUUGAGGGGUCCCCGGUCCUCUCGUUCAAACACUUGGCUGGUGGCAGUGUGCCGUUCACCUGUGGGGUUGUCUCCUUGAAAGGACUUCGUAAAGGCACAGCUCGACUGACUGCCACUCUGCAGCUGCAGCAGCAGCAGCAGCAACAGCAAAAGCUGUUGCUGCAGGCUUCUGCACAGAUUGAUGUGUACCUGCCUCUGGAAGCAUGGGCGCUCCUCUCUUCCCUUUCCUUCCCUCUGCCUCCCCCUGAUCGCCUUAGCAGCGGGCGAGCAGCACCGCUGCUGCAGCGCCUCAGCCAAGACCCCAACAGCAGCAGCAGCAGCAGCAGCACAGUAGUAGCAGCAGCAGGAGCAGCAGCGCAGACCUCCACCCUGCACCAGCAACUCGACCUCAGGCCCCCCGCAGCAUCUCCUGCCAACUCCAUCCCAGAGAAUAUCCUUCUCUAUGGGGCGCCCGUCUCGGCCAUCAGCAGCAGCAGCAGCAGCAGCAGCAGCAGCGGAGGUGCUGUGGGGGAGUUGUCAGUGAUGGUGGGGGGUUCUGUAGCAGUUUUUCUCAAGGAGGGGCCUCCUGCGAGACCGGAGGCGUACAGGCACACUGUUACCGCCACUGUACACCCAGCAGCAGCAGCAGAUGCAGCAGCAGAACCAGCGGCUGUAGCAGUUGUGCCUGAGGGAGGCGGCUUGCUGCAGCGUGUUGUUUGUCUUCGUGCGGGGUCUUCGCCUUUGCUCGUUUCUAUCAACAGCAUUUACACCUCUAAGCACCCCACUGUUACGUCUUCAAGGGAAGAGCAGGUCUCCCUGUGGAUUUCAUGCCAAUACCCGGAGUUGCUGCAGCUGCGCGCAUUGCCUUCCCUAUCUCGUGCUUCUGCAUAUCACCCCCAGAAGCAGCAGCAGCAGCAGCAGCAGAUGCAGGCGUUGCUGCAGGAGGCUCUGGGAGGCGUUCCUGUCGAAGCAGCAACAUUAGCAGCAGCAAAGCCACGGGUCUUGCAUAGAAAUGUGUGGGGUGGUGCUGGAGGCCGGCAAGACGAAGAUGAUGUGCUGUACGUACAGUGCGGAGCGCAGCAUGCGUUUGCUGUGUUUGUUUAUAAUUCAUCAUUUAAACCUCUUCUAGGCAUUCAACACCUCCAGACUCACUGGGUGCUUAUACCCACAGAGCAGCAGCAGCAGCAGGGAGAGGGAGAGCAGCCGGUGCUGCAGGUCCUGCCGUCUUCGUCGCCGUCAGCAGCAGCAGCAGCAGGAGCAGCAGCAACAGCAACAGCUGCUAGCGGGUACUCAAUGGGUUUGCUGCUGGUUUCUUCUUCUGCUUGCUGCGGCUCCUUCUCCCUUGAAGUGGCGAUUAAACCCCCAAAAGAAAUUCCUGCUGCGUUGAAGGCGGCGCUCACCGAGCAGCAGCAGCUGCUGCUGCAAGCAUCGCUGGACCAGUGGAGAGCAGCAGCAACAGCAGCAACAGGAGCAGCAGCAGCAGCAGCAGAAACGCAGCAGUUGCUGCCCCUGUGGGAAGAGGGAAAGCUACGGGACGGUCUGCGGCUCUUUUUGUCGCCUCCUUUGAGGCUGCUGCCUCUCGCAGCACCUACCGAUGCUUCAUCGUCAGCAGCAGCAACAGCCGCCUAUGAGCAGCAGCAGCAGCAGCAGGUGCAGACUGUGCGGCUGCCUUACUUCCCAGGCGUCGCUUCUCGUGUGCUGCUGCAGUUCGGUAGCCCCGACACGGAAGCCGUGCGUGUGCUGCGGCUGCAGCCUCUCGAAGGAGCAGCAGCAACAGCAGCAACAGCAGCAGCAGUAGGUGUAGUGGGCCACGGUGAGCUGCUGACUUCGCGAGAUGCUCCUCUGCUGCAGUGUCUCUCUCCUCUUGAGGCUUCAGCACGGCAUGCGGCGUUGCGGCUGUCUGGGGGUUCAGCAGCAGCAGCAGCAGCAGGAGCUGCGGAUGCUGCAUGCAUGGGCUUGAGCUCCUCUGUUAGCUGGUUGUGGGGUUUGCCUUUGUCUUCUCCUUUUGCCUUUAGUUGCCUCCCCUUCUCUUCUUCAUGUCCCCUCAGCAUGCGCGAAUUCUUCGUGCUGCCACCUGCCGCAGACAACCGCCAGCAGCAGCAGCAGCAGCGGCCCCCGGCGCUGCGCCUGGAGGCCUGGGAUGACGGAUUGCUGAGCCCGUGGCGACCCAGCAGCAGCAGCAGCAGCAGCAGCAGGAAUGGGCCGCAGCUGUUAGCAGAGCUGCAGUUUGUGCGUCUGCGGUCGCUGCGUUUGGUGCUGCUGCCAAUCUCCUUCUCCUCUAAGACAGAGAAAGACACUCAAGCAGCAGCAGCAGCAGCGGGGGAUUCCCGGUCCUCCUUGCAACAGCAGCAGCAACAGCAACAGCAACAGCAGCAGCAGCAGGUGGAAGCAGGGAAGGUGUACGGGGUGCGGGUAGAGGGCUUCGAUGAGGAUGGUAGCCGCGUAGACCCGCGCCUCUUUGCUGCUCUCCGUCUCUCUCUUUUUGCAUUCCCAGCAGAAGACAGCAGCAGCAGCAGCAGCAGCAGUGGCAGCAGGGUGGACGGGAGAGGCAGAAUAUACCUCACGGCCGCAGGCGAGUACCUGCAGCAGCAGCAGCAGCAGCAGCAGCAACAGGAGGAUGACUCUUUUGCGUUGCUUGGGGCGACUGAGUUCGGCUUAGACGACGCCAAGCCCCCUCUCGCUGCUGCUGUCUACGGCCCUUCCUCCGCAGCAGCUGCAGCAGCAGCAGCAGACAUGGAUGCUCCUGAAGACUGGAAACGGCUGUCUUUGCUGCCAAGUGAAGAGCGGCACCGCGUGCAUUUCUUUUUUGCUGCAGCAGAAAUGCGAGGGUCCUUCGUGUUGCAAGCAGAAGUACUUCCGGGGCCUCCUCCAAGUGCUGCAGCAGCAGCAGGCGCUGCAGCAGCAGCAGCAGCAGCAGCAGCAAAGGUGUCGGCGAGACUGACGGUGCGCGUCCACCCCCCGCUGCAGCUAAGCCCCUCUGAAUUGGUGCUGCUGCCAGGCGGCUAUUCGUUUGAGGUUGCAGUGUAUGGGGGCCCGGAGGAGCUGCACCUAGAUGCACCCAGCAGCAGCAGCAACGGCAGCAGCAGCAGGCGGUUUCAUGUACAGAAUGAAAGGGUGGUGCGGCUGUCAGAGGCCUUUCCGGAUUUGCUCCUGACGGGUGAAGAAGGAGAGACAACUGUCACGGCUCUGCUGCAGCAGGAAGACGGCAGCAGCUCAGCAGCAGCAGCAGCAGCAGCAGCAAGCAUGCGGGUUGUUGUGUCACUGCCACACUCUGUGCAGAUCACGCAGGGGAUGUUUGUACAGCCCAGCAGCAGCAGCAUCAGCAGCAGCAGCAGAAGAGCACAGAGGCAACGUAGAGAGCUGCAGCAAACGGGGCUGCCUUCGCAUGCAGCCAGGGCUGGCUACCGUCGCGCCGCCGCCGCCGCAGCAGCAGCAACCGCAGCAGCAGCAGCAGCAGAAGAAGGAGACUUAGUGCUGUACAGCGGACAGCUAACUACUGUUGCAGCACAACUUGUAGAUAAGCAGAGCCGCAUAUUCUCAGUGCCGCACUUGCUGAUGCCUUCGGGGCCUCAGACGUAUUUCAGCGGAUCUGCAGACACAGCAAAAAACACUCUUCUUCAUUUCGGAGCUGUUGCGUCUUUGCCUAUUGAAGAUGCAGUCAGGUGUAUAUACACCUGGGAAGUAAAUAAGGGAGACGGCGUUUUCCUUCUUUCUCCUUUUGAUCAGCCAGACAGGGCCCCAGGCCCCCCAGCAGCAGCAGCAGCAGCAGCAGCAGCAGCAGGGGAGGGCGCUAGGCUUACCCUCGCUACAGACAGUCUCUAUCUGCUUCCUUGCUGCACUGUCCAGCUGCUGCAGCACGAAGCAACACAGAGCCAACCAGCAGCAGCAGCAGCAAAUGCAGCAGCAACAGUUGCAGGGGAGGGCUCUGAAUCCUCUAAAGAAGAGGAAGCACGAAAAGCCUGCUGCGCCCGUGUGGCUGUAGAGCUCAGUAAGGGCGAGGAAGAAGGAGAAGCAGCAGCAGGAGCAGCAGCAGCAACAGCAGCAGCAGCAGCUUGCUGCACGGGCGUUGCUGCCGACUGCUGCGAAUGGCUGCCUCGAGAAGCAGCAGCAGCAGCAGCAGCAAACUCUGCAGCAUUUAUUCUCUCAGGAGCUAAGGGGUUUAUUUCCUCUCCUCUACCACACAAAGAAGGUUUGCUGCGCCUAUUAACAGACAGCCGCUGGUCUUCAACCCCCAACAGCAGCAGCAGCAACAGCAGCAGCCCCAGCAGCAGCAGCACCCCCAGCAGCAGCAGCAGCAGCAGCAGCGAGGUGGUAGGGAUAGAGACAGCUGAGGCGCAGACGCUUCAUUUAAUUGGCUGUCCCCACGUGUUGGGGGUUGGCGAAGAGCGACGGCUGCAAAUUACACUGAGAGAGAAGAGAGGAAAAACCCUUAUAACGCCGGACUCCCUCAAGUACUAA